GCUAUUGGUUCGCUUUCACUUUUUCUCACUCUGUGUGUUAUUUUCUUUAUAUUAUCUUAAUCUACAAAGUUUAUAUUGGGUUUUUAAUGGUGUUUACAGUUUUGGGCAGUUUUAUAGAGAAGCUUGGCUUCUGGGGUUGCUGAUAAAUAUAACAAAUUAAUUGUGUACAGAUUUUGUAUGGAGGAUCAUGAUGAAUUGUUUUGUUGUUCACGUUACAAGGAAUUAUUGGAUGUUUAAGAAGAAGAGACGCUCCAAUGGAGACCGGAGGCAAUUCCCUUAUUUGUGGAACAGAUGGGACUAAGAGGAAAGUCUCAUAUUUUUAUGACCCAGAUGUUGGAAACUACUACUAUGGACAAGGUCAUCCAAUGAAGCCUCACCGGAUACGAAUGACACAUGCUCUUCUUGUUCACUAUGGUUUGCAUAAGGAAAUGCAAGUUCUUAAGCCGUACCCUGCUAGAGAUAGAGAUCUCUGUCGGUUUCAUGCAGAUGACUAUGUAUCAUUUUUGAAAGGAAUAACUCCAGAGACAACGCAGGAUCAGUUGAAGUUAUUGAAAAGGUUUAAUGUUGGAGAUGACUGCCCUGUAUUUGAUGGGUUGUAUCAAUUUUGCCAAACAUAUGCUGGUGGUUCUGUUGGUGGUGCUGUCAAACUUAAUCACAAACAAUGUGACAUUGCAAUAAACUGGGCUGGUGGUCUUCAUCAUGCUAAAAAGUGUGAGGCAUCUGGAUUUUGUUAUGUAAAUGACAUAGUUCUGUCCAUCCUGGAGCUACUGAAAUAUCACAAGCGUGUUUUGUAUGUUGAUAUUGACAUUCACCAUGGUGAUGGAGUCGAGGAGGCUUUCUACACAACAGAUAGGGUCAUGACUGUCUCAUUUCACAAAUUUGGAGACUAUUUCCCUGGCACAGGUGAUAUCCGAGACGUUGGUUAUGGAAAAGGGAAAUCUUAUGCUUUGAAUGUCCCAUUGGAUGAUGGAAUUGAUGAUGAAAGCUUUCAGUCUCUAUUCAAACCAAUCAUUCAACGAGUGAUGACAGUCUAUGACCCCGAGGCAGUUGUUCUUCAGUGCGGAGCUGACUCCUUGUCUGGAGAUAGAUUAGGCUGCUUUAAUCUUUCUGUAAAAGGGCAUGCUGAGUGUGUACGAUAUAUGAGGUCAUUCAAUGUGCCACUUCUGCUCUUGGGUGGUGGUGGAUAUACAAUUCGUAAUGUUGCUCGAUGCUGGUGCUAUGAGACAGGAGUUGCAGUUGGUGUAGAGAUUGAUGAUAAGAUGCCCCAGCAUGAAUAUUAUGAAUAUUUUGGACCAGAUUAUACUCUUCAUGUGGCUCCAAGUAAUAUGGAAAACAAAAAUUCAAAACAAAUGUUGGAUAGAAUUAGGUCCAAGCUACUUGAAAAUAUUAAUUCAAUGCCAUGUGCACCGAGUGCCCAAUUCCAGGAACGUCCUCCAGAUACUGAGUUCCCUGAGCCGGAAGAAGAAGAUUAUGAUGUACACAGUAGAAAUCAUAAAUGGGAUAGAGAAAAGUAUUAUUCCGAUUCAGAGAAUGGUGACUCAAAACUUAGGAAUCAUGACGUAGAGGAAUGUGCAUUCAUUCGACAAAAUGUUGCAAAUAGUGCCCACAUGGCCAAGGAAGUUGGCACAGAAAGCACUGACAUGGAAGUUCUAAAUGCCAUUGAAGAUGAACUUACGAGUUACAAAGAGAAUUUGAAAAGAUUAAAUCUUGAGUCUAUAGUGACAGAGUUCAAGAAAAAUGAUGAGCCUUAUGAUGUAAUGGAACAAGAUGGUGCAAAGGAUUCUGGCCAGGAUAGUGUUACUUCUCAAGGUAAUGUUGCUUUACAAUGUAAUUCGGAUAUUUCAAAUGGACUCCACAGCCAAUCCCAGAUGCCAGAAACUGUACGAUCCACAGAGCAAGGUGGCAACACUCCUGGAUGUUCACUGCCUUUGCUGACAUCUGCAAACACUGACACUCUUCCACCUUCUAUCAAUCAAACAUCGUCUUUGAAUUCAAUUCCCCCAUCAAGAUGGGUUUCUGUACCAGAAUCAAAUAUUCCGACCUUGAAUUUACCAUGGCUUCAAAAUCUGCCAGGAAACUCUUAGGCCAUUGUAUUUUCAUGUGUUUUAUGAUUCAAAUUUCAAAGUUGGGUUACAGAAUAUGGCAGUUUUUGUUGCAUGUCAUAGUAUGUAAUUAUUUUUUCAACCCAACCUAAUCUGAUUGUAUGGACAAAAUGCAACUAAUGAUCGUUUCACUAACAA